AGGAGCUUCAAGUUUAUAUCAAGAAUAUGUUGCUGGGGCUUAAUGGUGUUACAACCACAGGAGCAGGGAACAAGGAGACUGUAGAUUCCAGGAGUGAUGAAUUUGCAAAAAAGUCCACGGAAGACUGCAAAAAUACAGCUAAACUCGUAGAGUGCUAUGAACGACGCUCUGACAAGACACUUGAGCUAGACCAGUAUGCAUUCAUUUUGCAAGUGAAAUGAGACAGUCCAAACAGAGAUGAGGCAGUCAAAUGAUUGAACGUCUGGUUGAUCAGAACAAAACUAAACUAAAACUAUAACCUGCAAGUGACGACAAGUCUCACUCAUAUGAGAUGGAUUGCAAGAAAUUUUACGGUACUACACAUAUACAAAUCCCAGUGACUAAUUGGAG